CGCGAGUAGCCGUACGGCGAAGUGGUUUUUCGUUUUAUCGCGACGGAAAUGGCGCGCUGCUCGACCUUGAGAACGUCUGAAGACACUCGAGAGGGAUUUCGUUCGGGCGACGUCGGCUGAUAAUAAGAGCCGACGGGCACAAGCGGGAAAAAUCGAGUUCGAACAGUGGUGGAGUAGCGGGUUGCGAUAAGUGCGCGGAGCUUUCGGUGCUUUUCCCGACCGACGGAGCGAGAGGGAUAUGUCUGAAUGGGUGGUGUUUGCUCGUGCCGCGUUGGUCGCGGCAGCCAGGUCAACGCCGGCUCGAUCCUCGACCGGGUGAUCAGCCAGGCGAGCGACGAGGAUCAGUGUUUAUUGUAUCGGUUGGCCAACUACAAGAAGGGCGGCGAGCUAAUCGAGGCGUACAAUCAGGGCGGUCAGCCGGAGGUGGAGAAGCUGAUCCGCGAGCAAUUCGGUAUCCUGAUGUACGCGGACGGUAAGGGCCAGACGAUCAAUCGCGCCGAGUAUCUGCGCUGGAAGUUCCGCGACCUCGAGCAGGUCGUGUUGCCGAUCGAGGCCUCGCUGUCGCGCUUCGAUCCGCUGGGGCUGUGGACCGAUCACGAGGCAUGCUGGCAGAUGCAAUACAGGGGCUCGCUGGGCGAGACCUUGCUGCACGUUCUCAUCAUAUGCGACACGCGGAUGCACACCAGGAUAGCGCGCAUCCUGCUCAAGUGUUUCCCGCGGCUGGCCAUCGACGUCGUCGAGGGCGAAGAGUACCUCGGCGCGAGCGCCCUUCAUCUGGCGAUCGCCUACAACAACAACGAGCUCGUGCAGGACCUGGUCGAGGCGGGCGCGAUUAUCUCGCAGCGCGCCAUCGGUAGCUUCUUCCUGCCGCGCGAUCAGCAGAGGAUGAAUCCCGCCAGGAAUACCGAUUACGAGGGUCUCGCGUAUCUGGGAGAGUACCCGCUCGCCUGGGCCGCCUGCUGCGCUAACGAGAGCGUCUACAAUCUGCUACUUGACUCCGGCGCGGAUCCUGACGAGCAGGAUUCUUUCGGAAAUAUGAUUUUGCACAUGGUCGUAGUUUGCGAUAAAUUGGACAUGUUCGGCUACGCAUUGCGACAUCCGAAGCUUCCUGCUCGCAACGGAAUCGUGAAUGCCGCCGGCCUGACCCCGUUGACACUCGCCUGCCAGCUGGGGCGUGCCGAGGUCUUCCGUGAGAUGUUGGAGUUGUCCGCGCGGGAGUUCUGGCGUUACAGUAAUAUCACUUGCUCGGCGUACCCUCUCAAUGCCCUCGACACGCUGCUGCCCGACGGCAGAACAAACUGGAACUCUGCGCUAUUUAUCAUUCUGAACGGUACGAAGGAGGAGCACUUGGACAUGCUGGACGGUGGUAUUAUUCAGCGAUUACUUGAGGAAAAAUGGAAGACCUUCGCGCGAUUGCAGUUCCUGAAGCGAUUGAUUAUCUUGGUGUUUCACCUGGCCUCGCUGUCCUUAGCCGUGUACUUCAGGCCCGCGGACAUGGAGGCUGUGCUGCUGCAGUGGCCUGAGGAGAUAACGGACGUCGUUCGCACCGUGGCGGAGUGCAUCACCAUCCUGGGUGUGCUGAAUUACAUCCUGGUGCAACUGGGCUGCGAGAUGAUCAACGUCGGUCCGCUGUCGUUCCUGAAGCAACUGAGCCACGAACCGGCCAAGUUGAUAUUCGUGAUCAGCAAUCUGCUCAUUCUCGCGUGCAUUCCAUGUCGUAUCGCUGGCGAUCGGCACGCGGAGGAUGCGAUACUGGUGUACGCCGUGCCGGGCUCGUGGUUUCUUCUUAUGUUUUUCGCCGGAGCGAUCCGACUGACUGGUCCGUUUGUCACGAUGGUGUACAGCAUGAUAACGGGCGACAUGCUGACCUUCGGCAUUAUCUACACGGUCAUGCUCUUCGGAUUCUCGCAAUCAUUUUACUUUCUUUACAAGGGAUUCCCCGGGGUGAAAUCAUCUCUCUAUCAUUCCUAUCCUUCGACCUGGAUGGCGUUGUUUCAGAUAACCCUCGGCGAUUAUAGCUAUGCGGAUUUAAGUAAUACGACCUACCCUAACCUGAGCAAGACCGUCUUCGCGAUUUUCAUGGUGCUCGUGCCCAUACUGCUGCUCAACAUGUUAAUUGCCAUGAUGGGUAAUACAUACGCACACGUUAUCGAGCAAAGCGAAAAGGAAUUCGUCAAGCAGUGGGCAAAAAUCGUGGUGUCCUUGGAACGCGCCGUAGCCCAGAAAGACGCCAAGAAUUACCUGCAGGAAUACAGCAUCAAGCUGGGCCCGGGCGACGAUCCGAACAAUCCCGCGUCGGAGCAGAGAGGCGUGCUGGUUAUUAAAAGCAAAUCGAAAACCAAAGCGAAGCAGCGUAAGGGCGCCGUGGCUAAUUGGAAGCGAGUUGGAAAAGUUACGAUACACGAAUUGAGAAAACGAGGUAUGACUGGCGAGGAACUCCGUCGUAUAAUGUGGGGUCGCGCGUCCUUCUCUACCCCUGUGCGAGUCAGUCCCAAUGCCGACCAACCGCAAGUGUCGGCAGUUACUGCAGGUUUUGGUGAUGCGUUAACCGCAGCUUUGGACGUAAUGGCCUUUGCACAUGACUUUGACUUAUCCACCGCGACGGAGGGCAUACCCACAAAUAUCGACACGAAACAGAUAAAGACGGCGCAGUCGAAAGCCGCUCUUAACGACCAGCAGACGAAAACAACUCAAAAUAAACCAAAAGCAGUGGCAAGUGUGCAACCGCAUAAACAACCUAUUCAGGAGCAAACUAAGUUAUCAGGUCUCACGGAUUUAAUCGACAAGUCUAUCGAUCCUAUCGAUCCAUCGAAGGAUGUGGAGGCGAUGAAUUUGAAAAAUACGAAUCAAACGAAAGCGCUCCAAGAAACUGUCAAAGAUCCAUUUCUGGAACUCGCUAUCGCGUCUGAGACUACAACCGAUUACAAAACUCUACUGCAAAUGGCGAAGUCCGCCGUAGCCACAAGCGAAGCUUCAAUGAAAACCACGAUCGACCCGCAAAUUCUAGCACACUUCGCCAUGGUCGCGCCGCCGACCGCUGAGAAAUCUACUGUCGUUAAGAAGCAAUAUUUCAUGGAGUCCAGCGACAAUGACCUCGGCGGCGAUAAUUUACUCGGUACCGAAGCGCGCCUACGAAGGAUAAAAUCCGCGAAUAACAGAUUCGUUACUACAGCGAAACGAUCACGUCGCGACGAUGACGACAGUUCCUCAUCUACGACGUCUGUCGAGCCAAGUCAGCGAUAUCGACCACUACUAAAUGAUCCGGAAGAGAGACCGACGAAUCGUAUCGAGACCGAAGGACGAAAGACCACCGUGGAAACAAUUAAGCCGGAGGUCAAGCAGAAUGGCGUUCCCACCAAGCCACCCGAUAAAAACCAAAAACAUCGGCCAAAAACGGCCAAGAACAGGGUAUCGCCUAAGGAAAUUGAGGAACCGGCGAGGAGAAGGGAGUCGAUCGAGCGGAAUAAGGCGGCCUCACCGUCGACGCCGUCCUCGGAUCCGCUCGAGCCAUGGAGCACGCGUGGCAUUACCGACAUGAACACGAUAUUGGCCUGGCGGGAGAACGCACCGGACAGUCCUUAAUAUGACUUUAUGACAUUUCGCGCUGCACCGAUCACGACGUCGAUGACGACGUCAAUGUCAACGCCGCGCCGUGGGGUCACGCACGUGGAUGAUCGCGCAUAAAGAGAUCUCACGCCCGAACGAAGCCGUUUAUUUUGAAUACCGCGUAAGUCAAGUUUCAAAAAGUCUAGCACGACACACGCGCGCGCGCGGCAGGCAUUAUACAUGCCCUUUAUUUAAUUACACGAUAUACAAAGUUGAUCUCUAACGUAUUUAAAAAAAAAAAAAAAUUGUGCAUAGAUAUAAUCUGCGAUUUAGGAGUAAGCAAAAGCGGAAUGCGCACGAUCGUAAAUAAAUAAUUACAAGCCCUGAGCACAAUAAUUGGAGAGGGAUAAAAUUAAUCGACAAUACCUUUUUACAUACGUAAAUGGUUGGCUUAUCCGUUUUUCCCGGGGGAGGGGAGGGAGGGGGUUGAACUUUGAAACACAGAUUAGUAUUGCAUAAAUUAGUUUUUGACGACACCACGUGGCGCUUAGCGUAAAAAAGAGCUUGAGCUUUCACUUUGGGGGAGUAUAUAAGCUCGGGCUAAACUGUUUGUAAAGAUAUACGAUCGAUUUCAAAGCGAUUUGCAUAUAUAGCGGUAUUGUGUGUAUAGGUACUGUUAAUAUAGGUAUUACUCAAUCUUACUCGCGAGGCGCGCAUAUAUCUCAUUAUGGAAAACAUAUGCCGCCAAGUAACAGGCUUCCGUAUGAUAAUUAUUAAAGUAAACGCGUACAUGCCGGGGACCAAAAUGAUGUUAACUCACCGUUACGUAAUUUCCGGAGGGGUUGCACGAUGAGAGAUUUUCACAUACGUGUACGUAUUUAUUAAAAUAAGUCGCUGAGGAAUUUCUCAGAGAUACAGAACGGUUAUGCAGCGUAAGCAACAUACCUUCUAAUGCUUUAGAAGAUAUUUUCAACUUUGAAGGAGAUUCCGAAUUUUUACUCUUACUACAUUUGCCAAUUACGCAAUUAAAAUAUUUAGCAAGUUUCAGCAGCUUGGCAAGCUGCAAUAACGUGCGAGAAUAAUAAUUUCUCUGCUGGCAUAUCAAUUGAUUUCUCUUUUAUUUAAUUUCUGCGUAAUUCACAUUUAACGAUUAGAAUAGUGUGAAAAAUAUAUUUCACAUGCGUGGUAAACGGAAAUAUCUCCAAAUACUUAAUUGAAUUUCUGUAUAAACAUCUGUACGUGGAUGUUAUUUGUAUAUAAAAUAUGUAUGAAAAAUA